AAUUGGAGCAUCCGCAUCACCGCAGCUAUGAUGGCUGCAGGUCCGGGACAGGACGGGUCCAGUCCGGUCCGGGAUCAUCGCAUCCAUCACCGGAACUGAAAGGUACCAAACCCCUCCUGAGGUUGGACCCUCCUCCAGCUCGGCAGCCAUGGACCCCCUCCCUGAGUAUUCCCUGUUUCUGAGCCGGAUCCUGGAGGAGCUGGACACUAAGCGGACCACCAUGACCUACCAGGAUCUGUGCCAGUCUCUGUGUGCCCGCUUCGACCUGGUCCACUUGGCUAAGAUCCGGAGCCUUCUGUUCUACACGGCCUGCCUGGACCCCGCCUUCCCCGCCACCCUCUUCAGGGACAAGAUGCGCUGCUCUGCUGAGGACCCCCAAUCCAGGAAGCUGAUGGUGGCCGCGGACAUCGUCACCAUGUUCAACCUGAUCCAGAUGAACGGGGACCUGGCCAAAGACAAGAUCUUCGUCCCGCACAAAGCGAAGACCCCCCAGAACCAGCUGAUGGAGCUGCAGGGGCCCGACAGCGAUACAUACAACUUCCCGGGUUGUGAGGGGGGAAGCAGCUAUGAGCACACCUUGGACGGACACCACCCUCACCUUCAUUACAGCCGCCCGCAGCUGCUCCUGGAGGCCCAGCCCCCCCCCACCUCACAACCUUCUGAUUGCAACAACUGCCAGUUCAUUCCCACCUCAGAUCCAAACUUCCUGCUGCGCAUCAGUAAAGACCUGAAGUGUGGACCCCCCCCUGUGGACAAGCUGCUCCACCUUCCCCAGCUCUCUAGCAGCAGCCCCCCGUCCGUCCCUCCAGAGAUGCAGAGCACCUACUUUUCCAUGGACAUGGACAGUGAGUCCACCACUGACCAGGAGUCCCUGCAGCACCUCCCCCUCCACUCCUGUACGCACAAGAGAAACAUCUUCAAGGAGGACUUCCACAACCUCCCGGCCUUCUCUCCACAGGUUGUAACUAGUGAAUGUAAACAGAGCAGUAACGCUGCUGAUGGCUACCACAGGAGAGACGUGCACAAACCUGCCACCUUCUUCAACCACAGCUUCGAACUGCCCUACUCAAACCCUUACUUUGAAUCCACACUCAGUUCCCCACUGCAGGACAGACUGAGGGUGAAGCAUGAAAGCCUGGAUGACCUUCAGGCGUCCACAUACUUCGGACCGACCACAGUGUCCGAGCACGUCACCAAGCACAGUAGCAAAACAGGGAAGCAACCAGCAUGGCCGGCGAAGAGCCUCAGUCUCAAUGCUGAAGACAGCCCUCCUGAUUUUCACAGACCUUUUCUGAGCUCCAAACCUCUGAAAGAAAGCCACCACUGCAACAUCAGCAUCAUUAACACAGACAACGAGCCACAUUUCCACUGCCCAAAGGAAAAGGUGCUCAGCUCUCCUGCCUUCAUGAGCAAAGGGAAUGGAGUGAAAACCAAGGACGUGGCACUGAUGUCUAGAGGACCACCAGCUUUGGACAAAAGAGUUGCAGCCAAAAGGUUUCGGGAUAAAAGCAGCGCAUCGUUUUCUGGGGGGGAUGCCUCGUCCAGUGUCGGGACUCAGACAGAGCAGGCUGAGCAGAAGAAACUGAGGGACCACCCACCCAGAGAAAGACCCACCCUGAAGCACUCCGACGACGACCCUCAGAUCAUCUGCGAUGACAUCAGUGACAUUUUCCGUUUCCUGGACGAUAUGAGCGUGUGCGACUCCCUCGGCAUCGUCCAGUCAUCCUGUCACAACAGUAAUGGGUCCCUCUCUCAGGUUACUCUGAAAUCUGAAGGCGACAGCUCACCUGAAUUUAACACUGUCAGAUUGGCCAAGGCCAAGCUUGACCGCCUCUUCCAUUCUCUGGAAAACACAGAUGAUGAGCUCAAACUGAGCGUGUGCAAGCUAGUGAUGAGGAUCGGCGAGAUUGAGAAGAAGCUGGAGUCUUUGUCGGGGGUUCGCAGCGAGAUCUCACAGGUUCUGUCUAAGCUCAACAAGCUGGAUGAGAAGAUUCAGGAGCCUGACACCAACGACAGGACGUCGGCAUCCAGCGCCACCCCUGAUAAACCACGCCCCCACCAAGAUCCACAUCCCAGCACCGCCCUCUCCCCUCACGUCUUCCAGUGCCACACCACCGGUCACAACGGGAAGAUGGAGCUCGGCCUGACAGGGGAAUGGGCUCGCUCUGAUGAUGAUAGCCUCAGAAUGAAGGCGCUGAAGAGGAGCAUGUUCACCAGGAGGUCCUCCCGCUCACUAAACGAGGAGAACAGCGCAACGGAGUCAAAGGUUGCCAGCAUCACCAACUCUCCGUGUGACUGGAGGACUGUAUCCCAUUCCUGCCACAUUGAAGACAAGAGCAAGGACAACGAGCGGGAGCGGGAAGGCAAGGACCGAAAUCGGAAAACCAAAGAGGCAGAGCGAGACCAUCAGUACGAGCUCACCCAACCACAGCGGCCUCCAAAACCAGCAAAGGAGUCCUACCUGAUUGAACAGGUUUUUUCACCACACCCCUUAAGCCCGUCUGUCAAGGCACACAUGAAAGGCAGCUUCCUGUACACGGACCUGAGGCUCACCAGCCUGUCAGACGGUAAACACAGCCAGCCAUCCUGGACCAUCAAGGAGUACCGACGCAACCGAGGAGAAAAGGGAAACCCGCUUACAGCUGUGGACCUACAGAACCAGGAGUCCCUGAACCCGAACAACCUGGAAUUCUGGAUGGAGGACGUGUAUACUCCGGGCUACAACUCACUGCUCAGGAGGAAGGAAGCUGAGUUCAGGAGGGCCAAGGCCUGUAAGAUUGGCGCUCUGAUAGCAGCUGCUACCUGCACCGUCAUCCUGGUCAUCAUUGUUCCCAUAUGCACCAUGAAAUCAUGAGGGGCCCUGAACCAGGACCUGGAUCAUCAUCAGGACCUGGACCUGAACCAGGACCAGCAUUAUGGAUAUGUCCCUUUUCUUUUGGAGGACAUUAUUAAACACGAGGAGUUAUUUGUGUCUCCUGUUAUUCUCUGCCUGGUGUAAACACAAGUAUGUUAGUCUGAGUUAGAAACAUGUACAUUUAUUAUCAGAUUCUAAUAAAAGUUUCCUGUCACUGGUUUAUCAGCUGAUCUGGUGAUUCAUGGGGAACUGGAUUAAGUUUGGGUCAGGUCUUCUUUAAUCUGACGUAUAUUUUUAUUUUUGGUAUAAUUAUUGUUCAGAGUAUUUUAAUCAAAGUUAUUUUUGAUGACUCAUUGGAUUGAAUGUCAAAUGUAUCAGUAAUCACCAUUUUAAGUAAUGAAGUUGUUUUUAAAGACUGUAAAAUGCAGACUCGCUGAAUGUAUUCAACCUAUUCAGAAUCUAUUAAUCAUGUAUUAAUCAUGUACUGAUAAUGUAUUAAUAAUGUACUGAUAAUGUAUUGAAAACGUAUUGAUAAUGUACGCCUGCUCUCUCACUUGAAAUGAUCCUGAAUGUUGUCUUCUUUUGUUUCUGCUCCUUCUAACGGAACCAGUUUGGUAUGGUUCUCUCAUACUUAAGUUCUGUUCCAGUUCUGGGUGUGUAGGCUCACCUAAGAGGAGUUACUGGGUUUAGAGUUCUGAGUGGACCACAAUGGGGCACCCAGAUUGACCCAGCUGUGCCCAUCAUCAUCAUAAAGGGGUGAUUAAAUCCAGACUGGCUCCAUUUAGUGCUGCUCCAAUAAUAACAACGGGUUAGAUUUAUAUCACUUUUCAUGCUGACAGAACUCAAAGUGCUUUACUUUGGAUCCAUUAUUCAUUCAUACUGGGUGAUGGUAAUCUACCCGUGUAGCCACGGCUGCCCUGGGCCAAUCAGUGCCAAGGGCCUCUCCAACCACCACCGAAACAUUUAUUCACCAGCGAAGGCGACACUAAAGGCAAGGGGGGUGAAGUGUCAUGCCCAAAGACACAACAUCAGAUGACUGGGGAAGUGGGAUUUGAAUGGCCAAGCGUCUGAUCAUUGCACAGCGUGCUCUACCACCUGAGUUACUGCCGCCAUCAAACAGAACAGGACCAGUAUCUGGUUCUGUUCCAGUCUCUGGUUCUGUUCCUGUCUCUGAUUCUAUUCCAGUCUUUGAUUCUGUUCCAGUCUCUGGUUCUUUUCCAGUCUCUGGUUCUGUUCCAGUCUCUGAUUCUGUUCCAGUCUCUGGUUCUGUUCCAGUCUCUAGUUUAGUUCCAGUCUCUGAGUCUUUUUUCAGUCUCUGGUUCUGUUCCAGUCUCUAGUUUAGGUCCAGUUUCUGGAUCUAUUCCAGUCUCUGGUUCUGUUCCAGUCUCUGAUUCUUUUCCAAUCUCUGGUUCUGUUCCAGUCUCUAGUUUAGUUCCAGUCUCCGAUUCUUUUCCAGUCUCUGGUUCUGUUCCAGUCUCUAGUUUAGGUCCAGUUUCUGGUUCUAUUCCAGUCUCUGGUUCUGUUCCAGUCUCUGGUUCUUUUCCAGUCUCUGGUUCUGUUCCAGUCUCUGAUUCUGUUCCAGUCUCUGAUUCUUUUCCAGUCUCUGGUUCUGUUCCAGUCUCUAGUUUGGGUCCAGUUUCUGGUUCUAUUCUAGUCUCUGGUUCUGUUCCAGUCUCUGGUUCUAUAUAAAAGGUCAUUUGAGCAUCAACACAACAUAAAACUGUGAAUAUUGAUUUGAAAUUCGUUCCUGCAGUAAAUCGAUAAUAAAAACACUUCAUUUCA